UUCUUUCCAGUCAUGGAUUUGUCGUAUUGUGAUUGCUGAGAGAUAACAUCUGUCGGGAUUUGUUCACUUCUUUAUAGCUUUGAAUCAUUCUAUUUUACUAUAAGGGAAAUUGAGUGGUAUUUUUAUUCCGUAAUUAAAAGUUGUCAGUGGUAAUAGCUGUUUAUUAUUGGAACAAAAGGAUGACUUCUCUAGUCAGUCGAGAAGGUGUGGAUGCUGAAGUUGGCCAAUCGAAAAUUGUAGCUUCCGGUCUCAAGAAUUCCCGAAACAAAUCUUCGAUCGGAUUUAUUUACACAGCCGUCAGAAAUUUUUCCAAUCAACCGACAUCGCCACCGUCCAGUCCCAAGCCGAUUGAGGUCAAGUCUCAUCAAAAGGAAAAACCUGCAGCUCACGACGGGAAUGAAUCAAAAUUAGUGAAAGUCCCGACAACAGCCGAGUCACGAGAAAGUGGAGAGCUGGAAAUAAGCGGCUCAUCAACGGUUAUGGAAGAAGCGAAAAAAGAACUGGAAUCUCUUUUGAAACCCUCCAAAGUGAAACUGAAUCAAGUCGUAGCAAUAAGGCAGAAUUUGCGAAACGAAGAUCAAAUUACUUUGGCAACUAACCAUCAGCCAAUCAAUAACCAAAUGUCACUGAUGCCGUCGUUAAGUGCUGGCCAAGAUAGUGUACCGAAUCAUCCACAUAAUCCCUCGGAGAAAGCCAUCAAAUUAUGGAAAGAGCACGGCAAGCAGGCUACUGUGGACAUGCUUAGUGCUCUAUACGGCAUUAUUUUGGUAGUUAUGGGCGUGGCCUUUCCUACUUCUCAAGUCAUUUCCAUCAAGAUCCCGUCUCACUACUACGAGGGCUUCUACGCUUAUCUCUACUUUGUGUCCAUCGGUUUCUUUGGUUACAUUUACGUCCUCUUGAAAACCCAAUUCAACUCGUUCACGUGGAAAAGAAGUUGGCAUCAACUGCUGGCACUGCGUCACAAUAAGACACCCGAAACAAAAGCUGAGGACGAUUGCGCCUUUGAUGAAAAUCGAGUUUUAUCCAUGGAGGAUAUCAUGACCAAUCGACUCCGGGUGACUCUUGGCAAACAACUCGAUCCCAGACGAAAUACAAAUCACGGAUCCUUUUACCUACGCAUGGGAGCCGUCGUAUUUGGAGUUGGCUCAAUGAUCUAUUCGGGACUGGAAUUCGCCCAAUACUUUGAAAGCUCGUCCAAUCCGUUGUGCAAUGACGUCAUGAUUGCGGUUCAGCCAGCCUCUCGUAUGCUCUUCACCUUUUUCCAAAUGUAUUUCGUUUUCCUGAACGCAAAGAUUCAAAUCAUCAAGAACAGCAACGUCAUUGUGGCUCGUUUCGGAUUGAUGCACAUCAUAGCCACGAACCUCUGCGUCUGGCUCAACGUCAUCGUCCAGGAGACCAAACACGAAAUCCUAGAGCAGCAAGGGGAACUUGGCCAUCACCACACAGCCGCGUUAAACUGCUUAUUUUAA